UACACUCAACCUUUAAAUUUGUAUUCAGUUUUAAACUUCCUUAAAGGAAAAUACAACUUUGUAUUAGGUCGCUUAUUUAAUGUGUGUAAAGAAACAGGGAUGUGUUUUAAUAUGGAGCUUUUUAUUUCCUUUGGACUAAUUGUUAUUUGCGGACAAGUGUUCAGCAUCAUGUUGACGGGAAAUGGUACAUCUGGAGGUUUCACAGUCCAAGAAAACGCAUCCCUGAAACUGACGUGUUCAACGUCUACCGAUGUACAGUAUGUAAGCUUUCUCAGAAGACUAACGGGAGUAACUUAUCAGACAAUCACCUCAGUAGGGUACAUCUCAUCUCGUUGUUCAACAUCAGAUCCUAAACCGCCGUCCUAUCUCAGCUGCUCCUGUGUCAGUAGGAAGCAGUACGUUUGUGUCAUCCGGACCGUCAACAGAGACAAGACCGGGGAAGUGUGGUUUUGUCAACUUCCAGGGGGAGAUGCAGCCGUCGUCACUGGGGAUAAAACAAUCGUCGUUACAAUCGGCAUAACUGCAGUGUCUAUGGUCUCCCCGGCGGUCAGCUCCGUCUCUGUCAUAGAUAACACGGCAAGGCAGUUCCGAUGUGAGACGUCUGCCGGAAACCCCCAAGCAACUGUGGAGUGGUACAAGGAUAGCGGUACACUGGACAGGUCGGAUGACACUCAUAUUACUACCGGGAAGGAGACAGACACCAGCGCAAGUGGUCCUCUCAUUGUGACUAUCGGUAGACUGACGUUGACUGUGCAGAGAAACGAUCAUGAAGUGGGUGUGUACUGCAGAGCACACAACGGUUGGGGUUGGCUAUACUCUUCAAGCAUUGUCCUAGAUGUUCUGUACGAACCCUUCACUCCGAAAGUAUUCUAUAAGAAUUCCGAGGUAACCUCACCUGUACGGAUAAUAUCUGUACGGAUAAUAUUGGGGCGUUCCAUGACGCUAACCUGCAGCAGCAGGGGGAACCCGAGCCCGACUUAUACCUGGACAUACCCUGGUGGAGUCUCACAAAGUGGCUCCACGUUCAUACUGGGCAGUGUGCAGACCACUCACGACGGAACUCUCACGUGUUCAGCAAUGAACACGUUGUUACCUUCUGGAGGAACUUCGGUUGAAAAAAGAAGACAAACAUCCAUAAACCUUCAAGUUCUGCAUUCCCCGCGUGCGCCAUCAUGCAGUAUAAAGGGAACUUCAAUAUCGACCACUGUAAUACUCGUGGAGGGCACAGAUCGCACCAUCAACUGCAUCAGUUCCGCCAACCCGCCCCUGAUGACGUACACUUGGUCAACUCCGGGCCGUGGACAAGUUUCCGGAGCCAGUGUAUCCCUGACCAAUGUCCAGCACACCGCCGACCAAGGCCAGUACACUCUGACAGUUGCAAACACAAUGGAUCCCACUGGAGGAAACACGGAAACAGGAACUGGCAACACAAUGUUCUCAGUAGAUGUUCAGUAUAGUCCUAAAGUUGCACUUCCAGGGACCCAUGCCAUAUUUAAGGGCAGGGAUUUAAACUUCAAAUGUCCGUUUGUUUCUGGGAAUCCUUCUCAGACAUCCUUUGUCUGGACUAGAUCAAUUGACGAAAGACAAUGGAACAGCCAGAUUGUCAGUAUCAGCUCUGUGCAGAAAUCUGACGACGGAAUUUAUACGUGUACCGCUACGAACAAGAUGACGCCUACUGGAUCUCCCGCCAUGACUGGAAAUCACAGCGGAACCUUGCACCUCAAUGUGCAGUAUGAAUCUGUCGUAAGUGACUUUCACGUUACUGAGCACAUCGGAGCUUUCAACGUAACAAAAACAGAGCACAGCAAUCUAACGUUUACCUGCACUGUGGAUAGCAAUCCUUUAGCAUCCAUCACUAUUCGAAAGGAAGGUGAAAUAAGGAGAUCCAUCGAUAAUUCAACAAAGCUGAAAUACACCAUUGCAAACCUUACAUGCUUGGAUGCCGGGCUUUACACUUGUGACGGCAGCAAUGAGUUUAAUACCGACACUCCUUCGAUGAAGAACUUGAAGUUGCUUGUAACAUGCAAACCAAGGCGUCCACCUGGCGAAGAUAUACAGUUGACCUUUGUAGCCCGACAUCACGAACAAGUAACUCUGACGUACACUGUCUUUGCGUAUCCGGUCCCCCAUCCGUCACAGUUUGUCUGGAAAAGAUGCAAGACAACAUGUCCACAUUUAUCAAAUUUCCCCGGGAAAUAUGAAAUAAAAACAUCAGAGUUGUCUAGUAAUUUGACCAUUUUGGAUAUCGAGACUGGUGAUUACGGCGUGUACAGUAUUUCGGUUAGCAAUGGAAUUGGCAAGGAGCUCGUCGAAGAAAUUUAUCUCCAACAAGCUGCACCACCAGAUCCACCGACGGAAUUCCAUGUAGUUGAGGAGUCUAUCGGAGAAACACAAGCAAUAAUAGCAUGGAUACCUGGAUUGAACAACGGUCUAAGUCAAACCUUUCAUUUAUCGUAUGGAACGUUGAUUGAAUACGCAACCAUUACCCAAGUUAAUAUUUCUCAUAAAGAAUUCGAAGAAAGCAUAAACUAUACAAUAAACAAAUUGCAAUCUGGAAAGCAGUACUAUGUGGAACUUUUUGCUUCCAAUGCCGAAGGGAAAUCUACGAGAGUCAACGCAACAUUUACAACAUCGGUGCAUCUAGUUAGUAAGUAA